AGACGAAACGUAUAAAAGCUUUGACUAACCAGACAGCUGGUAUCAGUAAGUCUUUCCAAGUCUUUCCGCAAACAACAUGAAGUUCAUUAUCGCCCUCGCCUGCCUGGUGGCAUUGGCCUGCGCCAAUGAGAAUGCUAAUGUGUUAAAGAGAGAACAGGAGGUCAACGUUAACGACUUCAAAUUUGCCUAUGAGUUGGACAAUUCAGUGAAAGUAGCGCAAGAAGGUAAACUGAAGGGAGAGGAUAUAUGGGAGGUGAAGGGUGACCAGGGUUGGACGUCUCCUGAGGGAGAACAAGUUAGUCUCCAAUACGUGGCUGACGAAAACGGCUACCAAGUUCUUUCUGCCAAUCCCGCUCUGCCAACCCCACCACCAAUCCCAGAGGCAAUCCAAAGGGCACUCGAAUGGAUCGCAGCUCAUCCAAAAGCGAUGAAUAAAACUAAGCUACGUUUUGUUAACAAUAAAAGCAUAAAUAUGUUAAAAAAAAAAAAACAAACAAACAACAACCUUUCGAUUGCGAGUUCAAAAAUAUGA